CGUCUCCAGCCGGCUCCCCGCACUCUCUCGCUCGCUCUCUUUAUCGCCUCCUUUAACUGAAGCUCGGCCUCCUCUCCUGCGCUCCUUCCUCCUCCGCUCCGCUGCCAUGGCGAACGUCGUGGAUACUAAACUAUACGACAUCCUCGGCGUGUCUCCUACAGCCACGGAGAACGAGCUGAAGAAGGCAUAUCGCAAAUUGGCAAAAGAAUACCACCCUGAUAAGAAUCCCAACGCAGGAGACAAGUUUAAGGAAAUCAGCUUUGCAUAUGAGGUGCUAACUAAUCCAGAGAAGAAGGAUCUGUACGAUCGCUAUGGAGAGCAGGGCUUGCGUGAGGGUGGCGGUGGAGGAGCCGGAAUGGAGGACAUCUUUUCACACAUCUUUGGUGGAGGUCUGUUUGGCUUCAUGGGCGGUCAGAGCAGCAGAAGCCGAAAUGGGGGCCGGAAGAGAGGAGAGGAUAUGGUGCAUCCACUGAAGGUGUCUUUAGAAGAUCUUUACAAUGGCAAAACUACUAAACUACAGCUCAGCAAGAAUGUCCUGUGUAGUGCCUGCAAUGGUCAGGGUGGUAAGACUGGGGCAGUUCAGAAGUGUACCACAUGCAGAGGAAGGGGCAUGCGGAUCAUGAUUAGACAGCUGGCUCCUGGCAUGGUCCAACAGAUGCAGACAGUGUGCAGUGAUUGCAGCGGAGAGGGGGAGGUGAUCAGUGAGAGGGACCGCUGCAAACAAUGCGAGGGCCGCAAGGUGAUUAAGGAGAUGAAGGUUUUGGAGGUUCAUGUGGAUAAAGGAAUGAAACAUGGUCAGAAGAUCACAUUCAGUGGAGAAGCAGACCAAUCCCCUAACACUGAACCUGGAGAUAUUAUACUGGUGCUGCAGGAGAAGGAGCAUGAGGAGUUUCGCCGUGAUGGUAAUGAUCUACACAUGAGCCAGACCAUUGGCCUGGUGGAGGCGCUCUGCGGCUUUCAGCUAACUCUUACACACCUUGACGGCCGACACCUGCUCAUUAAGUACCCUGCCGGCAAAGUCAUAGAGCCAGGUUCUACUAGAGUUGUCCGUGGUGAGGGAAUGCCCCAGUACAGAAACCCGUUUGAGAAAGGAGAUCUCUACAUCAAGUUUGAUGUGCGGUUCCCAGAUAAUGGCUGGAUCAGCACAGAGAAACUUACGGAGUUGGAAGAUCUGUUACCAUCACGUGAGGAGGUGCCAGUCAUCUCAGCUGAUACAGAAGAGGUGGACCUGCAGGAGUUUGACAUGAGUCAGGGCUCGUCUGGAAGUCACCGACGCGAGGCUUAUAACGACAGCUCGGAUGAGGAAGGGGGUCCACACGGCCCGGGAGUGCAGUGCGCUCACCAGUAAAGUCCCACACGUCCACAGUGUUUUUCCUGGGAAAACUCUUGAUUCUUGAUUCCAUUUGAGUUGGACAAACUCUUGAACCCCCAAAUCAUUGAUUGCACAGUGUAGUGACCACCCAUUCACAUCUGCUAAGACUGGACGUUAAAAUAGAAAAACAACCUUGCAGGCAGAACACAUCCACUAAUAUUUUAAAUUGAUGACAGGAGGAGAAAAGUAGAGGCAGAAUGAGAAGAGUAUUUUAUUUCAUGUCGCAUUUGUCAUUGUAGACUUUUACAUACUGUAUACAUGUUGACUGAAACUUGAAAUAUUAGGGGGGGGGGGGACUGACUUUGUGUAUAGGAUUUAAGUUAUGAUUGGUAUAUACACACGUACACACAUACACACAACAGUGCACAGACAUGUACACACACACAGAAUUGUGAAAAAGACUGCAUUAUGUCUGAAUGGAGACAGAGACAGUGAUGUUACCACUGUGGAAGUAUCAAUAAAACAUUUAAACUUGUGUCUAAA